GCAUGUCUUCUGUCCAUCACCAGCUUCCAUGGCUGCAAAAAGAAGUUGUAGAGUUGCCUUCCUUUUAGCAUCGACCCUUCUCCUUCUAUCGACUCUUACUAACCCUUGUUGUUGUUCGUCUUCCUCUUCCUUUAAUGACUAUAACACCACCGCCAUAACAUCCUUCUGCAACUCCACCCCCUACCCUCCACGCUGCUUAGAAAUAUCGAAGCUUCUUUCUAUUGGAAUCCCCAAUAUAGGCCUCAAUCUGAACCUGCCUCCGGCCAUCCUCAGCCUCGGCCACCACACCCUCCAGCAGGCCCUCUCCGAGGCCUCGAAGCUCACCAGCACCAUCGUCGCCCUCGGGUCCGCCGGCAUCGUCGAGAAGCUCAGGGGAACCAUCGACGACUGCAAGGAGCUGCACUACGUCACGCUCGACCUCCUCCAGUCCUCCAUCUCCGACACCUCCGGCCAGAACGCGGUGGCCUUCCUCAGCGCUGCGCUCACCAACAAGCAGACGUGCUUGGAAGGGCUGGAGUCCGCUUCCGGACUCUUCAAGCCACUCUUCAUUGCCAGCCUGAAUUCGGUAUACGAGCUUGUGCACAACGCGCUCGCCAUUUUCGUGAAAGGAUCGGCGCCGGCGGCGGAGGACAAGGGGGCCGCCAGGGAGGGUCGGCGGACGGCGGAGCAAUUCCCUUCCUGGCUGGAUAAAAAGGACCGGAGGCUGCUGCAGAGCUCGGGGUCGGAGGACGGGGACAGCAACGACACCGUUCUGGUCGUUGCGCAGGACGGCAGCGGCGACUACACCACCAUAUCAGACGCAAUCCAGGCGGUGCCGGACAAGAGUCCGACGAGGGUGGUGGUGUACGUGAGGGAGGGCGUCUACGACGAGAAUGUGGAGAUACCGAGGAGAAAGCAGUAUGUGGCGCUACUGGGGGAUGGCGCGGACCGCACCAUCGUCACCGGCAACCGGAGCGUCGGCGACGGCUGGACAACCUUCCGUUCGGCAACCGUCGCUGUGGUGGGGGAGGGAUUUCUGGCACGCGACAUAACGUUCCGGAACACGGCCGGCCCGUCUAAAGGCCAGGCCGUCGCUCUCCGGGUCGGGUCGGACCUAUCGGCGGUGUACAGGUGCUACAUAGAGGGUUACCAGGACUCUCUCUACGCCCAUUCGCUCCGGCAGUUUUACCGGGAGAACGUGAUCGCGGGGACGGUGGACUUCAUUUUCGGGAAUGCGGCGGCCGUGUUCCAGGCAUCCCAGGUGGUGGCCAGGAACCCGCUGCACGGCCAGGCUAAUACAGUGACGGCACAAGGGCGGUUCGACCCGGACCAGAAGACGGGCUUCUCCUUCCAAGGCUGCACGCUUCUACCAGACCAGGAUCUGGCCGUCAACCUGGGGAAAGUGAAGACCUACCUCGGCCGGCCAUGGCGACUCUACUCCACCACAGUCUUCAUGGAGUCUUACCUUGAGCAGCACAUCGACCCCUCCGGGUGGUCGCCGUGGUCAGGGGAUAUGGGCCUGGCAACGCUUUACUAUGGUGAGUACGCCAACACCGGACCAUCUUCAGACACAAGCAGCCGCGUCACCUGGCCCGGUUUCCACAUUAUGUCUUAUGAAGAAGCUACAAACUUCACAGUGCCUUCACUCAUCCUAGGCGACCAGUGGCUGGAUUCGACCUCUGUUCCUUACAAUGCAAGUCUGUAAGUGCCAAGCAAUUGUUCAGGCAAGAGAGGAUGCAGCUGUUCUGCAAUCCGGUCUAGAAGAUAUAUACAAACAACAUAAAGCUAGCGAUGUUGUGAAAUCUUAUUGUAUAUCUUUUAUCUGCCGGUAACUUUUUCAAUUGUUUAAUUAAUCCUUCCCCUUGGAGGAAAAAUGUACAA